AUGGUGGAAAACGGAGCAUCCAGCGGCGGCAGUGAGAGUCCAAAUGCUACCGGUGUAAGAUCUGGUUUGUUAGAAACACUAGUGCGUGGCGUAUGGUAUAGAGUACAUUGUUCCUUAGAGGAUGACUAUCUUAGUGUAUGCUUAGACGAUGGCUACGAUGCCACUACAACUCUCAAUGGAACACUUAACAAUAACAAUGUAGAAACACCGAAUAGUGAUUUUACUGAGGUUCCAGAAGCAAUUGCAAACCAAAAACGAUUAGUUCAAGUUGUAAAAUCGGACAAUAAUGGUUUGGGAAUAUCUAUAAAAGGUGGAAUAGAGAAUAAUAUGCCUAUACUCAUAUCAAAGAUAUUUAAGGGUAUGGCAGCAGACCUUACUGAACAGUUGUAUGUAGGAGAUGCUAUACUCUCAGUAAAUGGAGAAGAUUUAAAAGAUGCCACACACGAAGAGGCAGUAAAGGCCCUUAAAAGAGCAGGCAAAAUGGUCCAGCUAGAAGUGAAAUACCUUAGAGAAGUUACACCAUAUUUCCGGAAGGCGUCCAUCAUAAGUGAGGUGGGGUGGGAGCUGCAGCGCGGAUACAUGGUAGAAGCGCCACCGUCACCGCCCUCGCCGCGCCGACGGCGAGCAGACACAAGAUAUGUGCCACUAUUAAUGGCCUGCGUUGCAAAGAAUUUGCGACACCAUGACCCAGAGGAACGCACAAUAGAGAUCUACUCCCCCGACGGCGUGCACGCGCUCGCAUUGCGCGCCCCGUGCAGCACGUCGGCGGCGGGCUGGCACCGCGCGCUGCACGCCGCCGCCCGACGCGCCGCGCGCGCCGCGCUCGCUCGCGCCCGCCCCCGGCUGAGGCCGUUGGUGGGGGACGUUCGGUACGCGGGCUGGCUUGCGAGGCGACCGCCUCAGGAUCAUAUGGGGGCUUCCGGUGGAUCCGACGAUUCGGAUGAAGCAGAUGGUUGGCAGCCUACUUUUGUAGCUAUCACAGACCGUGAAUUGAGGCUAUACGAGGCGGCGCCGUGGUCGUCUGAGGCGUGGUGCGCGCCCACGGAGAGCUUCAGCCUGGCGGCGACGCGUCUGGCGUGGUGGCGGCGCACGCGCGCGGCCGCGCUGGGCGUGCGCGCCGGCACGGCGGCCGGCCUGUGCGUGCGCGCGCUGCGCGCCGACACGCCGCACGACCUGGCCGCCGUGGCCGGCGCGCUCGUGGACGGCGCGCACCACGCCGUGCGCGCGCAGCCGGACUUCACCUUCCGGUGCCGGUACCGCGGCGCGUGCGCGCGGCUGGCGCUGGGCGCGGGCGGCGUGGUGGUGUGGGAGGCGGCGGGCUCGCUGGGCCGCGGCGGCGCGCGCGCGCUCUACCGCCGCCCGCUGCACGCGCUGCGCGCCUCCGCCGACGACGACCGCGCCGCGCUCUGGCUGCACUUCGCCGACGACGACACGCUCGAACUAGACAUGGAAGGCAGCCCAAAGCCCGCAGUGUUCAUCCUACACAACUUGCUGUCCGCGCGCGUGCACGCGCUGCCGGGUGAGGCGGCCACGCAACCCCUA